AUGUUUUCACUAAUUGUGUGUCAUUCUCGUGUAAUUAUGGAGAGAGAAAAUGGUUGUAGAACCGUCUUAGGUCGUGCGGAGAUAGACACGAGACCACCGUUUGGAUCCGUGAAAGAAGCUGUGGCUUUGUUCGGAGAGAAAGUUUUAGCCGGAGAGGUCUAUGCAACUAGGUUUAGAGAGGUAACUCAUAUUCGAACAAAGUCAACGCCUUGUCCUCAACCAAGAUUACGGUCGCUAAAACUCGAGCUCGAGCAGACGAAACAUACUCUUACAAGAAUCCUACAACAAAACACCAUCCUCUCCAACCGGAUUCAAACCCUAACACAAGAACUCGAACAUGAGAGGAAAGAAAUUCAACGACUCAACAUGAUAAGGUCAAGUCUCCUAGAGAAUCCAGAGAUCGAGGAACUCAAGUUCGGACAUCAUCAAACGAGGACGUCCAAAGAUGUUGAAGAAGAGAUUGUAACGAUGGAGGAGUUUGAAAAGAGGAGACUGGUCACGUUCGCGAGCUCUCCUCUGCUUACACGUGUGAUGUCAAGCGUUGAGGAGGAGAUGAAGGAGAAAGAGAGUUUGGAAAGGGUUUCUUCGGUGAAGAAGAUGAAACAGAGGGGGUUCGCUAUGUUCAAGGGAUGGUUUAGAGCAACCGGUGGAAGAGACUGAUCAGUCUCCAAUAAUGCAUACUGUUAUAUGAUAUAGUUAAAUUUGAUGAUGAACUGAUGUGUAUCAAUCUCGCUUUAAGAUUUUUUUUUUUUUUUUUUUUUGAAACUUAAAUGAAUAAAACUUUUAUGGUAUAAGUAUUACUUCAUCUUGUGCCGAUCUAUCAUUGAUUCUUUACUACUUAUUUGAUUAGAUUGAACGUUUAUACACAUUUUUCUCGUCA